UCAAAAACCCCCAAACCCUCAUUCUAGGGUUUCACUUUUUCCCCCAAAAUUACAUCAAUGGCGACCUCCAAAUCCGUCGACGCUUCUCUAUGGUGGGACCCAUUUUCAGACUUACUUACUCAGCUCGAAAAUCUUCCUCCAUCUUCUCAACUCCCACUUUCUCUUGAAAAUAAGCUGAAAGAUAACCACUCAUGGCUAUUGAACUCUGUUUCAAUGUUCAAGCCACCCAAUCAAAAGUCCAAAGAGGCGUUGGAUUCGCCACAAAUUCAAGUCGGUUCACACCGAUUAAAUAUCGAUACCAAGUUUAAAGAAUUGGCAUUGCAGAUUAGUUCCUCAUUGCAUUUAGAUGAAGUGCAAUCUUAUAUACUUGUUGAAAGAUCGUGCGAAUGUGACACAACUGAUCUUCUAGCUCUUGAACCACUUCAUUUGAAAGUUAUGUUACAGUAUUACAUUGAGCGACAAUGCGUGUUGAAGAGCACUCUUCAGAUUCUCAUGUUAUCUUUGUAUGAUGAAGAUGGAUCGACAACAGGCCGUACUGUGAGGGAGGUGGCUUUGAAGCUGAUUUCGGAUGGACUGGAAAACAGAUUAAUGUCUGUUAUUGAGAGUCUAUUGUCUGCCACAUACCCCGAAAGCAUGGAUGUGGAUGCUUUCACCUUAUGGGCUGAGGAGAUUUUAAUUGAAGACAAUCUGGUGUUAGAUAUUCUUUUUUUUGCUUAUUUCGAGUCAUUUUGUACAUGCAAUGGUAAACAGUGGAAGAAGUUGUGCCUGCUUUAUGAGAGUAUGAUAUACGGGUCUUGUAACUUUGGCAAACUUGGCAUAUCGACAGAAGCUGUGCAAUCUAUUAGUCAUGCUAAAGUACAGAUGUUACUUAUCCUUAUAGAAACCCUUCACCUGGAAAGACUUCUCCAAAUGGUCCAUGAUGAGAUCCCUUUCAGGAAUGGCAAUAUUUCUUUUGCCAUCAUUGAUAUUCAAGAGGUGGAUGUGAUUAUUUCUGGCCUUGAUGCAUUUGAGACGAAGGAGGCAGGCCCACUAAUUUUAACCUGGGCCAUAUUUCUAUGUCUCGUUGCAUCUCUUCCAGAAAAAGAGGAACAUAACGUGCUUAUGGAAAUUGAUCAUACGGGAUACGUUCGUCAAGCUAUCGGAGCUGCAUCUUUAAAUUAUUUUCAUGAAAUUCUUAACAGUAGUAUAUUGAAGGAUUCGGAGGGCUCAAUUGCUGGUUCUCGUAGUGUCUUGAGGACAUUUAUUUCUGCAUUCAUAGCAUCGUAUGAGAUUAGCCUGCAGUUGGGGGACAAUAAUCUCAAAUUGAUAUUGAAUAUUCUUGGACAAAUCUACCGGGGAGAGGAGUCGCUUUGUGUUCAGUUUUGGGACCGAGACAGUUUUAUAGAUGGUCCUAUUCGCAGCCUUCUUUAUAACUUAGAAGGUGAAUUCCCCUACAGGACUGUGGAACUUGUUUCCUUAUUAUCAGCUCUUUCUGAAGGAGCUUGGCCUGCAGAAUGUGUGUAUAAUUUUCUUGAUAAAUCUGCUGGGCUGUCUACCUUGGUUGAGCUAAGAGGCAACCCCAAGAUUAAUAAUAAUUCUGGAAUUGUUGAGACUCGGUUGCCAUUGCCGGUUCCUGGACUUGAAGGUCUCAUGAUACCUAGGGAUACUCAGGGCCAUGUGUUAAAAAUCACCGAUAAUAACACUGCUCUGGUACGCUGGGAGUACCCACAAUCUGGAGUUCUGGUGCUACUUUUGCGCAUGGCACAAGAGAUGUAUCCUGAUGGCUCAGAGGAAGUCCUAGUCACCCUUGAUUUGUUUAGUCGACUGGUCUCUUUUAACAAGGCUGUGUGUUAUUCUUUAAUUAGUAUUGGUGAUACAUUCCAUGCCAAAGAAUUAAACAGAUUAGACAUGACUGAGAUCAUAUGCACCUUGAUUAAAAAUCUUUCGCCUAAUGCUAGUGGAGCACUGAUGAUGUCAAUGGGUGUUCACAUUCUUGCUAUGAUGUUAAACUGCUCCCCAUCUCACAUCACUCCAACUGUUCUGAAGACUGAUAUUUUUGAUGUUGCUUUAAGGGUGAAUUCUUUUAACACUGCCUUUGAUGGAGUCUCAAGUGGCUCUUGGCUGCUCUCUGGAAGGCUUGCUAAACUACUUCUUAUCGACUGUGCACAUAAUGACAGUUCCUACCCACUUGCUGUAUCAGUGCUUGAGUUCACCAUUCAGCUUUUGGAAAAGGGAAUAGAAAAUGACUUUCUCUUAGCUCUUGUUAUUUUUUCCAUUCAGUAUGUGCUAGUAAAUCAUGAGUAUUGGAAAUACAAAGUGAAGCAUUACCGUUGGAAGGUGACGUUGAAGGCACUUGAUUUAGUGAAGACAUGCAUUUUAUCGAUCUCAAACUUUCCAAAAAUAGGGGAUAUUGUUCAUGAUUUGUUGCUUUGCGAUUCUUCAGUUCACAACUCCCUGUUUCGCAUCGUCUGUGUAACGACACCGACUUUAGAGAGACUGUAUGUUAGCCGCUUGUAUGAGCUAAUGGAAAUUGAAGCACUACAACUGGCAAUUUGCGCGGUUUUGGAUAUUUUCAACAUGCUUUCUGAUCUUUCGAAGGAUUAUUUGCCUGGCUAUCAAGUCUUCCAUCAAACACUGCUGUCAUCGGCAACCAAGCCAAUUCCUGUUGUUACAGCUAUCAUAUCUUUGAUAUCAUUCUCACGAAACCCUAAGAUUCAACUUGGUGCUGUAAGUGCUCUUUCUAUGUUACUCUUGGCUGCUGAUGAUAUACAACCAUACAUGUCUGGGAACGCAUGUUUUGGUAUGGAUGACAAGCAGAUUGCAGAAUUCAGGGAUUCAAUCUUUAUAAUUGUCAGCGAGCAAUCACUUUCAGAUGAAAAUCUCAUUGUCAAUACCUUUAAAAUGCUCACAUCAGCAGCAUAUUAUCAGCCUGCCUUUCUUGUAGCAGUUAUUGAUUUAAAGGAUACUGCAACUGAUUCCAAAGGAGAAAAUAUAAUUGAUGCUCUUGGGGUGUAUAUUGGUAGAUCUUCAGAACUGUUAGAAAGCCAUUCCAAAAUACUGGUGAAUAUUCUGGACUUCUUAUUGGCAUUGUGGCAAGGAGCUUCACAGUUCCUUAAUAUAGUGGAGCGCCUGAAGAAGUCUGAUGAUUUUUGGAGGCAGCUGUCCACCUGUAUUACAAUGCAGGAUCAUCCUUCUGAAGACUCUUUAAUCUCAUCAUACAGAUAUCAAUGUCAAUCUGACAUAUUGCAAAUAAUGUCUCUAGAGAUGUUUUUGCAGAUGAAGUUAUUACAUACUGAGAAUAUUAGUAAAGGUUCUGAAUUAUCAAAAGAUAUUCUACUAAAAUCUCGUAAUGUUGAAAAAGCUGGUGGUCCGAUAGACAUAUUAUCUAGCUGGUGCAAGAGCUCAGCUCUAAGCAAUCUGAUCAAGUCGUAUGCUUCCUGUGAGUAUGACAAUUAUAAGUAUCUUCAAACACAGGUUUCUGCUGCUCUAUUAUCUGUUCAAGCUAUUGAGAAAUUAAGAAAUGGCUGCACAGGGAGUUUGUCUGUAUCACUUGUUGAAAAGUUAAAUAUUUUGGGAACGAAGUUACAUGAUCUACCUGCCUUUUCUGAAUUGGUAACUCAAUACAGACAACAAGGUUACAGUGAAGGGAAAGAGCCACAGAGUUUGAUAUUGAGUGACCUUUAUUACCACAUACAAGGAGAAUAUGAAGGCCGUAAGAUAGAACACAAGUUAUUUAAAGAGAUAUUUCAGUUUCUUCUAGAAUCCAAUUUUUUGCAAAGUUACCAUAAUAAGGAUGGUGGGAACCUCUCAAUUCAUGCUAAGGAUAUCUUGUUAUUUGAUUGCAACCGCCUAGAAAUGGAUUUAGGAAUAGAUUUAUGGAGUAGCUCUGAGUGGAAGAGCUUAAAAACAGCUGGAGAAACAAUGUUGGCUCAGUUGAAAGAUGUGAACUCUAUGUUGUUGCUCAGUAAUUCCAAAAUUUUAGCUUUGAAGGCAUUGGCAGCCAUGUUCCCUUUGUAUAAUGAAGAUGCAAUUUCUGGAGGACUUCUUGAACAACUCGUUAGUCCGUGCAUUGAAAUUAUGUGUCAAUCUCUACAUGAAUCCACAGAAUCAUUAGUCUCAUUUGAUGCUUGCAAGGAGGUCCUUGAUUUUGUUUCAACUCAAGCAGAAUUACUUCACCAUUUUAUCAUAUCUGUAAAGAGAAGACUGCCUUUACCUUCUUCUAUACUCGUUAUAACAAAAGUUGGUUCCAUGAUAAAAGUAUUAAGAGACUUGAAGCCAUCAUCUGUUGAUCUAAAGUCUACAUUCAAGCUUUUACUUACCCUGCUUCUCUCCACCCUUGGAUCGAUCAACAAGGAGUCUGAGGCUUCAGAUGUUUGUUUGAGGCUUCUACCGAUUUUAUGCAACUUUGUUGAACCGGUUGCAUACUGUACCCUUUCUUUAGCUAUUAUUGAUUUACUGCUGAAACGUUUCAUGGCACCCACUUUAUGGUUUCCUGUCAUCCAGAAGCAUCUGCAUGUUCAAAGUAUUGUUAAAAAGCUUCACGAUAAAAAAUAUUUGCCUUCAGUUUCUGUGAUACUCAAGUUCCUCUUGACAUUUGCUCAUGUAAGAGAAGGUGCUGAGAUACUUGCUAGUACUGGAUUCUUUUCAUCUCUAAGGGAAUUGUUGGAAAAUGGUAAUGAAUCUGAGAAUUCUGAAAAGGAAAAGACUGAGCACAUAUGGGGUCUCGGGUUGGCCGUGGUAUCAAUGAUUAUUAAUACGUUAAGAGACAGUUCUGCAUGUUCUGAAAUCAUGGAUGAUGCGAUUUCUUGUUUUAUGCUUGAAAAAUCAGAUUUGGUAUUUUAUUGUUUAGACACGCCAAGUUUUCCACCUGAUAACGAUAGAAAGAAGAGAGCUCGUGCUCAGAGAAAACAAACCAGUUUUACUGCUCUCAUGGAAACGCAGCAUACCCUCAUGCUAAUAUGCAUAUUGGCCAAACAUCACAACUUGUGGACUAAAACUAUGAAAGAAAUGGAUUCACAUCUGAGGGAAAGAAGUAUCCAUUUACUAGCCUUCAUUAGUAGGUGCCCACAUAUUGGAGAAAACAGUAGGGUUACUCCACUAUUAUGUCAUCCUGAUUUUAAAGAGGAGAUUGAAUGGUACAAGAAACCGUCGUUUAUAAGCAGUAAAAGCGGUUGGUUUUCUCUUUCUCCUGUUGGGUGCAGGUUAGAUUCUAGGUUUUCAACAUCAACAUCAUCGUCAACAGCAAUUGUUGUUAAAGACCUAUCAGCUGAAAAUAUAAAUGUUUCUCACCAAACAUGUUUUUCAGACAUGGUUGCAAUAGAGGUGUAUAAAGUUGCAUAUUAUCUUUUGACAUUUUUGUGCCUGCAAGCCGAUUCUGCUUCUAAAAGAGCCGAAGAAGUGGGAUUUGUUGAUGUUGCACAUUUUCCCGAUAUGCCCAUGCCUGAUAUCUUACAUGGGUUACAGGAUCAAGGAAUUGGUGUUGUUAGUGAGUUAUGUGAAACCAACCGGUUGAAGUUAACACCAGAAGUUGAGGGUGUCUGCAUCUUGCUUCUACAAAUUACUGAAAAGUCUUUAUACUUGGAAUUAUGUGUCUCACAAGUCUGCGGUAUAAGACCUGUAAUGGGUCGGAUUGAAGAUUUCUCAAAGGAACUCAAGUUAUUGUUUAGAGCAACCAAAGGGCACACCUUUCUUGAAGAAUCGGUAAAGUCUUUGAAACAAAUAACGUCAUAUGUUUACCCAGGAUUGUUGCAAACCGAAGGCUACUUCUGAUUUUAACAUAUAGAUUUGUAAAUGUAGUAAGCUGCUCAUGUAGUCAUGUACAAUUUUCUUUGUCAUUGUUGUUGGUUAAUAAGAUUAUGUGAUCGUCUGUUUUUUUUAGGAUAGUUUAGAUAUUCAAUCGGGUGAUGAUUUGAGUUGUGUGGUAAGAUCGAUGAAUCUUUACUCACCCUUUUACAUCAAAUUUUGCAUAUUAUUAUGGUUUUAAAUUAAAUUGUAUGAAACAUGAUAAAAACUGAUUUACGCUUAGCUUAAUGUUUGCUUGUAA